UAUGUUUACAGGUGGUUAUGUGGUACCAGAAAUUUUGCGGAGAAACGGGGCAGUAUCACUCCACAAAAUAAAGAACAGACGGGUCUACAACGAUCAGUUCUUGAAGAAGUGCUAAUAAAGGAGAAACAAAAACCUACAACAUUCACUGGAAAGGCAUGUUUUAAAAGGUAUUCCACGAUUAACCCUAAUUUGCAGGUUGCAGAGAAGGCGUCCAAUACCUUUUUAUAUACUGCAGUUGCGGCCGCGAUUGGCAUGUUAGGCGUGUUUGUCUACCUCUUGGCUGGUGAAUUUUUCGCAGAAGAUAGUCCUCAAAAGAUAUACAGCAGUGCACUCUCCUUGGUGAGAGAAGAUGGCCGGUGCCACGACCUUUUCGGACCUACCAUAGCUGGUUUUGGAGAAGAGACUUCACGCGGUCGUCGACGUCAUGUCAGCACCACUACGGCAUGCAUGCAUAUUCUCACCCACCACAUGGAGCCGGAUCAGGUUAUUCGUGGCCGUUCCGGGCCAAGUACCGCCGCUGGUCCGUCAGGCGGAGAAGAGUUUCUCAUCUGGAUUAAGAUGGAAGAUGACGGGUUUGAAUUAGUUAGAUGCAAAAGGCGGCAUGCGCGAUUGAAGAAAACUGCUCUUGCAUCAGUUAGCAGGAUAGAAGGCACCGUAGACGACAUUCAGGCGGCAAUGGAGAAAACCAAUUCACAAGUUGAAGAUAGUGGUCUCAGCUCUUGGAUCAUUAACAAGAUCCGCCGGUUCCUUGGUGACCGACGCAUUUCGUGUGUGUACUUAAUUGGAAAUGGCCAUUUUGAUGCCCCAUGGGAAGCUGGGACUCAUCAACUUGCUCUUACACGAAGAAUAUGCCGUGCGUUUGAUGCACAGAUGAUUUUCCAGGAGCCUUGUAUAAGUAAUGCUGAACGGGAGUGGUUGAGCCGACAAGAUGGAAUUGUUUUACGGGAUCAACCUGAUGUCUGUCUUGAUAUAUUAGGUGAUGAUCAAAAUAGUGUAGGUAUUGCAGUGGUUCUUCAUGGUGUACAUGGUCUUUUGAACGAUUUUCUCAGCUUCAAUUGGCGGGUAGCUUUGCACAGAAUCCUGUUGUUGUGUAACGACUAUAGGGAUAUU